ACCCUCGUAUUAAGAGGUGCGCGUACGAACGGGAAAGUGAAACAAAACGCAGGGGAUGGGUGACGAGGCCCAACCCUUGCAAGUGAGUGCGCCGUACCAGCUGCGGUCCAGAAAAAGGUCGGUAGUGGCGACGCAGCCAUUGGCGAUUGAGCGCCCGGCAACGCCGAUGAUGGAGUUGUGCUACUCCAGCGAUGACGACGAGCUGAAUAGCACCAUCAUCGCGAUGCCGGAGCCCACGUUGGAGUGUGAGGCAGCGGAGGCGGCCAUGGACUUGGAGCCACCAGCAGCAGCACAGCCAACACCAACGGCAUCUCCUGUCCCGGGCAACGUGGUUGUUGCUGGGCCCAUCGACGCGGGAAGUUGUGCCUUGCUGAUGGCACAGCUCCAAAGCAUCGGCGCCCAGCUAACGGCGACGCUGGAGGAGCUGCGACUUUGCCGCGAGGAAAACCCGGCACUUCGUCGCGAGAACGAGUUGCUGCUCACGGGCACUCGUUCGGUGCUUGAGCUGCAGACUGCAGCGAACGCAACCCUGCAGCAGUCGUCGGGACAAGGUGGAAACCGGGAGACGGCCCGGAAGCGCCAGCAACGGCUGAGGCGGCGAGAGCGGGAACGGCAGCAGCAACAGCAGCAGCAGCAGCAGCAGCAGCAGCAGCAGCAGCAGCAGCAGCAGCAGCAACGCCAGCAGCAGCAGCAUUGUCAGCAGCAGCGUCAGCAGCAGCCGCAGCAACAACAGCAGCAGCAGCCGCAGCAGCAGCUUUGGACAACGGUGGUAAGAGGCCGCCCGUCCCAGCGGCAUCGUCAACCGCAGCAGCAGCAGCAGCAGCAACAGCAGCAAGGUGAACGCUUUGUUCCACCACAGCUCCGGCAGCAGCGACAGCAGCAGCAGCGCCCGCAGCAGCAGCAGCAGCAGCAGCCGCACCAGCAACAGCAACAGCGUCCGCAGCAACAGCGUCAACAGCAGCAGCGACCUCAGCAGCAGCGAUCACAGCAGGGAAGCCGGCCAAGCCCGAGCUCAUUGAGGUUUCGCCCAACGAAGACCAAGACUGGGAGAGCCUUCUGCUGCUUGUGCAAACGGCAGUCAGGACUGACGAGCGGUACAAGCCGCUCAAGGACCACGUCGUCCUGGGUCGCCUUACCAGCAAGGCGUUGUUGCGUCUUACACUGAGUCGCAAGGCGAACGCACAGUAU